AAUAUUUUGUUUCUAGACGUAGAUUUUGGAAAUGUCAACACAGUGCGAAGCUCAUGUGUUACGAUAUUUUCAGGCGUAGAAUUGUUUUCGCAAUUGCAAUUCGCAACAUUUCAUGUUUUACCUGUUUUUUAUCAGGUACUUUUUAAAUGUAGCGUCCACCCUCUACAUUCAUAAUCCUGUUGUUGUACAAAAUAGGUAAAUCAUGAAAACUUACUGCGGUGCAAUGAAAAACGGUGUCUAGGAACUGUUGUGCAAUGGGGAACUCCCAAAGCAGCAAAGUAAAUUCUGGUGAGGUCAGUGCUAGCCAAAUUUCUCCAUCAACUGGGACUGUUGAACCAAAUCCAUCUGGAACGUCUAAUACGCAUAAAGGAAUGAUUCGCACAGCAAGUGGUGCUGACCUGCAAGAUCGUUUUCAAACACAAUACCAUCCCGUAGAAAAAUUAGGGAAGAUUCUGGUGAAAAAAUGCGAAGAAGAACAUGGGGUCAGUGGAAUAACUGGAGACAUUUUUGCUAGAUACGUUUUUCCUAGGUUUCCGGAUUUGGGACUAAAACUAUUUAAAUACCUGCGACACAAUAGUCGGGCAAAGACGGAACAUUUAGGUUUGAUUGCAUUCAGACAGCAGUGCGAAAAAUUCUUAGCUAUUUUAGAUGACUCCGUUGUUUUGGAAAACUACGUAAAAAUGUUCGGGGAUCUCAAUGAAACAGAUUUGAUAAAACCUGAUAACUUCAAGGACUUGUUAAGGACUUGCUAUAAUCUUGCUAUGGCGCAUUAUCAAGAUGGCCCGCAAAGCUGUCUGCUGAUGAAUGAUGAUUUACAAUCGCUUAACCGUACCCUAGAUUCUGUCGUACAAUCGUGUUUCUUCACGAAAGAAUCACUCAGUUCGGGUUAUAUCUGCCGUUGGUUGGAAAAUAAUGUGCCACGUUUAGUACCCCCCAUACAUAAGUAUUGCGUACACGCUUUAAGUACUUCUCAUCGAACGAUUAUUGAUAAAAACAUGAAAAACAACAGUGAUACGGUUGUAUCAAUCAGUGCCAUAAAUGCUGGAGAAGCUAGCUAUGGUUUGGAAUUACAAACACCAAUAUUAGAGAAAGGAGUUCCGAAUUUCAACGGAAAUUCUUCAGCACAAACUGGCUCUAGUAAAUCAUUAUCCCAGGAGGAACGAGAUAAGUUGAACAUUCAACAGCCUCUCCUGCCAGUUUCGGAAGCUUGGUUAUUGGCUGGUGCGUUACCUCCCGUUUAUUCGAAGCCUCAAUCUGUUCAAUCUUCGCUAAAUUCAAGUUCUUCAAAUUUGGCGUCACAGGUAUUCAUGUCCAAAUUAUUAUCAAUGGUACCUUCGCAUUGGACAUUACUCUAUGACUCACGACUAGAUGGUGCCGGUACAAAUCGAUUUCUUCAUCAUGUAUUAGGGUAUCGUGGUCCAAAUCUGAUACUAUUUCGAUGUGACGAUGAUCUUCUUUUUGGUGUUGCCAAUCCAAAUGAGUGGCGUGAAACACAUCUUUACGUUGGUGAUGAGGACAGUUGCUGUCUACAGCUACUUCCAAAGUUUGUGUUGCUUGAAAAAAAACCCAAGAGUCUUUUUUUAAAUACUCAUAUUCGAGGAUACCCUAAGGGACUUCGGGCCGGAUCCGAUCCACGUAAACCAGUUUUGAUUGUAGAUGAACAUUUUGAAAAAUUGGAGCAUCGCGGACUGCAACACAAAAUACUAUCAAUUGAAGUUUGGGGUUGUGGAAAUCAACAACAACGUGAAAUUCAGUUGGACAUAAAGAAAUGGCAAAUCAAAGAAGCCGAACGUCAACGAACUGUUAAAAUGACGGCAGCAGAUUGGAUGGACCAUCCUGAUCGAUACUUACUAGAGCUUGGAGGACGCAAAAAUUAUAAUAAUUCUUCGUCAUAAUACAUCACAUACAUUUGACGAUUCUUCAUUUAAAAAUCGAGCGAAGUACCUAUCUUCGAACAUGUUUCAAUUAUUGUAAAAAGAUUAUUUUGUAUUAUUUUGAUUAUAUAAACGUUGGCAAUGAAAUACUGUACAGUUUUUGACAAAAUAACGAAUUCUUACUGGCACGUGUUCUAUUUCCUAUCAUCAGCAGAUCCAACCACAUCCAAUGUCUCUCUCAAAGUAAUGCCUAGAGAUUUUCGCGCGAUUGCCAAUCUGCAUAGUAGACGUAAGAUUACGUAUGGAUUUUUAUUGCAAGUUCAUUUUGAAUGUCAUAGAAAAAGAUACCGUAUCCGAUCACUCGUAGGAAUGACCUUGCCGUUUUCGACUUAAAUCGGGGGUGAGUUUGUGCAUUUCGAAACGAGUAACUCGUUUCGAGAUAAUUCAAACUCGAAUCGAAUUGAUUUUAGUAUUAUUGUUGAAUCGAUGA